GGCAUGAAAGACUGAACGUGGAAGACUUUCUGAGAAAGCAGAGGUUUUAAGACGUCAGCAAUGGCAGCAGACGAGGCCUUUGUCACACUGGCCACCACAGAGUCCUACUGCAUGGGAGCCACAGUGGUGGCCAGGAGCUUACAACGUCACGGGACAACUCGCAGCAUCGUUGCCAUGGUGACUCCAAAUGUCUCGCAGAAGUCAAGGCUUGACCUUGAGAGUGUUUUUGAUGAGGUUAUUGUGGUGGACAUGAUGGACAGUGAGGACCGUUACCACCUGGCCCUGCUGGAACGUCCUGAGCUCGGCAUCACCUUCACUAAGAUCCACUGCUGGACACUGACUCACUAUAGCAAGUGUGUGUUUCUGGAUGCUGACACACUAGUUCUGUGUAACGUGGAUGAGCUGUUUGAGAGAGACGAGCUGACAGCAGCUCCUGAUCCCGGCUGGCCAGACUGCUUCAACUCUGGCGUGUUCGUCUUCAAACCAUCACUCCACACCCACGCCAGACUCCUGGAUCACGCCCUGCAGCACGGCAGCUUUGAUGGAGGAGACCAGGGCCUGUUGAACUCUUUCUUCAGCAGCUGGCCACAUACAGACAUCGCUAAACACCUGCCCUUUAUCUACAACCUCAGUGCCAGCUCCAUCUACACUUACCUGCCUGCUUUCCAACAUUUUGGCCACAAUGCAAAGAUUGUCCAUUUCCUGGGAGCAAUGAAACCCUGGAGUUCCCACAGCCAGUGGGAAGCAGGCCACUCACACACCAUGAGACGGUUUGUGUCUCUGUGGUGGAGGGAAUACGACACACAACAGCACACAACACCACCUGCACCGGGGAAGGAGCCUCCUCAUGACUCUGAGAGAACACAACUACACACAACACCACCUGCACCAUUGAAGGAGCCUUCUCAUGACUCUGAGAGAACACAACAGGUCUCAACUCAGGAUCAAGAACAAGAAGCCAGGAUGCCGUUUACAGAAGAGUUGGACACUUCGGACUCACUUCUUGCACUUUCCCCAAUCACUGAGGAGCAGCGUUCACUGGUUGAACGACAUAGAGAGGAGUUCUCUCACACAGGUUGCACACCUGUGUUAGAAGAGUCAAAAUCAAGUGAGCGUGAACAGAGUGAAGACCUCAAGUCUUUGGGUACAGAGGAUUUGAAAGAUAGCGACACUAGUGCAGCAGACAUUACACAGCAGCCAGACAGAGAGCAGCUGGAGCGUCGCAGGCUGUGGGAGGCUGGACACGCUGACUACCUGGGCAGAGACUCCUUCCAAAACAUCCAGAUGAUGCUGGACUGCUUCCUGGAAUAGAAGCCUACACAUACAAAAAUCUCUGCGACUAGAAUUGUUUUUAUUUUCUACAAAAGGCCCAUGCUAAAAAAAAAUAAACUGAAUAAUUAUUACACAAAUACUCACUAUGCACUCAUAAAGUGAUUAAACUGAACUUUGACCAGCUGAAUUUUGGUUGAGCAGCCAUUCCACCAUUCAAGUUACUAACAGUUUAAGACGUUAUUUGUAAUUUUCUUGUCCAAAAAACUGCAUGAACACACCGAACUGUGAUCUUGAAAACAAAAACUUAAAAAAAGGUUAUUUUUCAGCUCAGAAAUGCAUGAAACCCCCCCACAGAUUUCAUCAUAGCUUCAAUUGAACAGUGUCCAGAACUAUACAAGGCCUGAGGGCCAUUUAAUUAUUUACACGAUUAUUCAAUAUGUAAUCAUUCAAACAUGAGUAAAAAAUGCUUUUGUUGUAACCCACAAACCGACGUAGCCUACCAUUCAAAGAUCAGCUUGAAACUAAUUGUGGACAUGACUUUUGUCUUCAGUUGGACAGAGCCACAGCUAGUGCACUGCUCUUUUUGCCAGAAAGCUGUUUUAUGAUUUAUGUUGUUAAACUUCAAACUGAGCACAAAAACUGAACCCUGCAGUGCUUCCACCAGGUUGUGUUAGUAUUUGUCCACCAGGGGGCACUGUGGCUCUUCUAUGUGAGCUUCGUCCCCAUCAUUUUAACCUAAUCAGAGAAGCAGGACCACAGAUUAAUAGUUGUUUGACUGCAGUCAACAGCGUGCUGUGUGAUCUUUAUCCACUGGGCAUGUGAUUUCCAGAGGCAUUCCCCUCAUAAUGUUGGGAUGCAGUGAUGAAAGAUGGCGCGCUGAAUACAAAAACUAAAUGUCAGGAGCUGAAGCUCGGGCUGGUGGCGGAGCUCAGGCCUCACAAUGAUUGCUCUGAAAGACAACCUGGCACACUGCCGUGUUUGGCUGAGUGGCUCCUGCUUGACUCAGAUUCAUCAAGAAUCAAUCUGGGAUAAGA